AUGACCGAAUACAAGCUCGUCGUCGUCGGUGGUAAAUUUUUUAAUGAAGAAAAAGGGAGACAAUCGAUACUAACACUUUCUGUUGUUUUUUUUUUCAUAAAAAAAGCUGGCGGCGUGGGCAAAAGCGCAUUGACAAUUCAAUUGAUUCAAAACCAUUUUAUCGAUGAAUACGAUCCAACUAUCGAGGAUUCAUAUCGAAAGCAAGCUGUUGUAGAUGGUGAAACAUGUCUUCUCGAUAUUCUUGACACCGCUGGUCAAGAAGAAUACAGUGCUAUGCGUGAUCAAUAUAUGCGGGGUGGUGAAGGUUUCCUAUGUGUAUUUGCCGUUAAUAGUGCCAAAUCAUUCGAAGAAAUUAAGCAAUACCGUGAACAGAUCAAACGUGUUAAAGAUGCUGAUGAUAUUCCUAUGGUUUUGGUGGGUAACAAAAUCGAUUUACCAACGCGAACAAUCGACUUAUCAUAUGCAAAAGACUUUGCCGCCUCACUGUCAAUGCCAUUCGUUCAAACAUCCGCGAAAACUCGGCAAGGUGUCGAAGAAGCGUUCUAUACACUUGUACGAGAAAUAAGAAAAUACAAGGAGCGUACACGUAAAGAUCGAAAAGGACGAAAGAAUAAGAAUGGAAAUAGUAAUAGCGGAGGAAAAUCCUCGGCAAAAGAUGGCCGAGGUCAAGGUGGAAAACGUGGAGGAAAACGAAUGUGUUUGCUCAUGUAG